UUAUAGCAUGGACUGCGAUGAUCGCAGUGUUUGCACAGCACGGGCUUGGAGAGGAAGGCUUGCAAAUCCUGGGACUUAUGGACCUCGACGGCACGGCUCCAUCCGAGAGGCAGGACUUCCCAGACGCGGUCUUCUUGCCAACGCUCUUAUGGACAUGUACGGGAGGUGUGGAAGCCUGCAAGACGCAUGGAAGGUCUUCGAAGAAGUCACAGGAAGUUCGCAAGGACAGGAUAUAGUACCGUGGAAUGUGAUGAUCGGAGCUCUCUCGCGGAAUGGACACAGCAGUGAGGCUUUCAGGCUGUUCAAAACCAUGAACUUGGAAGGUGUGAAGCCGGAAGCGAUCACAGUUGUGAGCGUUUUGGACUUCUGCUCGAUACCAGAUGGGAAGAUGGUCCAUGCGAGCAUCCUCGGGACUGGACUAGAGAAGCAAAUCAGAGUCCAAAACGCUCUCAUCACCAUGUACUCGGAAGGUGGCUGUUUACAAAGAGCGAGAGACGUUUUCAACACCAUCAACAAUCCCAACGUCGUUUCGUGGAGUGCCGUGAUCGCAGCUUAUGCCGAGUGUGCUCGCAGCUCGGAAGCUCUCAAAGUCUUCCAGGAUAUGACCCUCCAAGGUGAGCUUCCCGACUAUAUUACCUUCAUCGCCAUAAUCUCGGCUUGUGCUCACGCAGGCUUGCUCAAAACCGGCAUCGAGUUCUUCGUCGUCAUGAGACAAGAUCACGGUAUAGAGCCCAGUGCCGAUCACUUCAUGUGCAUCGCGGACCUUCUCGGGAGGGUUGGAAAGCUGGAGCUGGCAGAGGACGUGCUCAGUUUUAUGCCGUUUGAGCCAACGCCGGUAGCGUGGACAAGCUUGCUCGGCUGCUGUAAGACCUCAAAUGACUUGGAACGAGCACAGAGAAUAUCGCAAAAGAUUUUUGGGGUGAAAGAAGGUGCUUCUUCGGGACCAUACGUGCUACUUUCAAACGUGACAAAGGCAGUGACAUAAAAUUUUCUCAUUUCCAGACAACUGACAAAGGGGCUGGAGCUGGAGCUGGAGCUGGAGCUUGACGUUUCUGUCUGGGACGACCCCAAAAGGGAGAUGGUAUUGGAGAUGCAACCGGGGAGUGGGACGGAGGUAAAGAGCUACAAGAACGGCAGAGCGCUGAUCUUGAUAUCCAGAAGUCCAUCUCGCGUCGACAAAAGAGCUUACACACAGUUUCUUUCAGGUCCUUGCUGAUACUUUUCUCGACAAACGAACUCUCUAACAUGUUCUCGAUGCCGAAAUUCAUGCAGGUUAGGCAUACCAUGGAGGUGUUACAUUUGUGGCAAAUGCUUUUGAUGCUACAACCGAGGCACUGAGUGUUUGUCAUUGGGUCGGUGCAUUUCUCACAAGUUGUGUUUUCUAGAGGCCUUGGAAUCUCAGCGAAAAGCUCAGAUGUAUCUGGAGACACAGAUAGCGAGAAGAAUGAUCAACGCGGAAGUUUUGUAGAGCACUAACCUGAUCCAUGCGAGAGAUUGGAUAAAGCUUCCCGGAACAAGAGAAUUUAUGGAGCUCCUUGUCUGGGAGAAGUCAUGAUUCAAUCGGACAUUUGGACAAAAACUUUGGUUUGGCGCUUCGUGAUCUUCAUCUGUUUUUGACAAUCGUGACAAACUUUUAUGUUCUAGGCUGAGACAGAUUUAAAGUCCUCUCUAAGUGCGCUUGGGCGAUACGAACCGAAGUGAAGGUAAUGCAGGGACAAACUAGCGCGGCGAGACGACUGAGGUAAAACAUCGUUCCAGCGAUUUCAUUGCGCUCAUGGCUCUGGAACAGACUGAUCGGCACUUGGUCGUGAAACAAAAUUGGAAGGAAGAAAGUUUUGCCAGAUUUAUUGCGAAGAAUCAAACUACUACAAACUAUCACUACUGCACAGACAACCAGAUCGAAUCAAACACUAGGCCUAUCUUGGAAACAACACACAGGUCCGUGCUUUUCCUUAUUUCCUCGACUAAACUACGCUGGAUCUAAAAACACUCAGUGGUGUUUAGGCGGGUUCUUCUUCUUUGGCAUUCGCGUCGGCGCCGGGGCCGGAGAAGGCAAUGGAGAUGGCGAUGGCGAUGUUGCCCAGCAGAACUUACACAUCUUGGAUCCCUUGAAGAAGUUGCUGGCACAAAGUUUGGUGCAAAAGUAGCUCUUGGAGAUGUCCAUUCCAUCGGGAUAGACUGGAAGGGUGGUGACUUCCGUCCUACACUCCGUGCACUCGUCGAGGUAGUAUACAAUGCUUCCUUUGGGGCAUUUCUCCGCGCAGUCCUUCUUCUCGACCUUGGCACUUGUGUAGUGGAUUGGCUUGGCGGCUUGGGCGAUGCCCAGGGCCUCCUUCUUGGCUUCCUCUUGAGGGAUCUCCGUCACCAUGGUUGGAGGUUUUGCUGCGGCUUGCUUCUGUGCAAUGUCACAGAGCUUGCAAAGGAGCGGUUUUUUUGUGGUGGUGCAACCGUCGCAAACUCGUUUUAGAUAGUCUGCGAGAAGAAGAAGUUAGAAUUGAAUUUUGUUUGAGAAAGUUAGAUUGAGUUUACCUUCUUGAGCUUGGGACUGCUGUGCUGCAAUCAAGAAGAAAAGAGCAAGAGCGAAAAGAGUGAAAAGAGAGCCCGCCAUUGAUGUAUAUUAACAAGAGGAAAGAAGAAGAAAAAAAUAAAGUUUUGUGUGAGAGAAG